AUGGUGACGCCUGCGCCUCGUCCGAGCGUUGUUCUCCCCAACGAGAUCCUCAAGAUGAUUCUCAUGAACAUCCUCAUCUUCUCCUCGGUCUCGCCUCGGGGCAGGCCAAUCAACGCCACACGCUUCGCUAUGCUCAACAAGUGCAUGCUGCACAAUAUCUCCGUCGUCUCUCGUCAAUUCCACGUGGUCGCUCUUCAAAUUUUCUACGAGGAAAACUAUUUCGACUUCAUCUCGACGACAUCACACCGCACGCCACUCAUGCCCCCUAUCCACCUCCUCCGCUUCCUCCGCCACAUCCGGGUGCAGCUUGUCCUGACCGACAGCUACGCAGGAGAGCCGACUGUGCUUCCUGACCGCAUCCUCGACAACAGGAUAUACUUCCGCAACACGGCCGACCUCUUCAAGCACUGCCGUAGUGCCCACACCUUGCGGACGCUCUCUGAUCUGAUGACCUUCCAGGAUCUGAGGACGAUCCAGCUUCACAUCGUUCCAAUCUUCAGCAACCCCGACUCCGCGGCGGCGGUCGCUAUCUACGACGGGGGCCGGUUCAUGAUCGGCGCUCGUGAUGAGUGCAACAUCACCGGCGAGGCUCGCAUCAUCGGCUUGAGGAGCGCCAUGGUGAGUGGACUCUGGGCACAUUUGUGA